UGUUUGAUCCUUUCGUCUAUCUUUUGUAAAUGUCUAAAUAGCUUGUUUGAAAUCAUAACUUCGACAUAAGGUUAAUAAUGUGAGGCAAAACCCUUCCUAUCUUGUUUACUGUAAGAAUUAGAUUCGUUCAUCUUGCAUAUUAUUAAUUCAAAAUAUACAUAAAAGAUUUGAGCCUGAUGAAGGUUACUUAAGAACAGAAGUGUUGUAGAAUAAUAAAAUUUAAAAUACGCCUUCCUCUCAUCAAAGGAGUACCGGUAAGAGCAAUAAGGCUUUAAUGUGGCCCAAAUGUUAGUAUAAAUUAAAAUGUUGCCAUAAACUUUCUUAUAUUUGUCCUUGCUAUACUAAGUUAAAAUGGGUUCACAAAAUAAAAACCACUUUCACUUUAAGCAAGUUACCAUGGCAGCAAAUCUUGAGAAAAUUUGUAUAUUUUUUUUAAUUUCUUGAUUUUAUUUGUUUUACACUAACUUUCAUUUUGUCAAAAAAAAGCUUGGGGAUAACAAUGUACAUUGAAUUAAUAACUCAAUGCAAAUUACAUGCAAACGGCUUCGCAAGCGAUUUCAUUUUAAAACUUUUUAUAACAAAUAAAGCUUCUUCAUAACAGAAAUUUGUGUUGUUUGGUUGCUGUUUCAUUGACCUAUACGUACCCCACAUUUCCUUUUGCUAAUCACUUGAAUGUAUUGAAUGUAUUACUGCUCAUGAGAACAAUAAGAAUUCACAUAACAUCACAACAUAAUUCAAGUAAUUAUGUUCUGAAAAAUGAAGGCAAACAAAAUUAAAAAAUAAGGAUAUAUAUUUCUUAAGGAUAAACCAGAAAUAGAUACAAUUUGUUUUUAUUUGUGAAUGAAAUGAACAAGACUUUUGUUAAGACUUUGGUUCAACGUACUUUUUCACUAUUCAUUAGUUUAUAUAAUACAGUUGUACUCUAAGCCUGUUAACACCCACACAUUCAAUGAUUUUUUAUGUAGAUAAGGAGUAUAGCCUGAUUGCAUUCCAUACAGUGUUGUGGGAAAAACUAGUCUAAUUUUAGAACAGAUCAUAUGUCAAAAAUAGAUAUGCAUCUGUCAGUGAAGAUUUUCUUUAUUGGUAUUAUGUUCAUAUGCAUUCAAACAUUCAACUGAUCCUAACUUUUAUUGUACUUCCUGAACUGAAGUCCUUCAACUUGAGACUUUAAUGUAAAAUGGAUAUUCAGAAAAAUUGAUCUUGCACAAGUAAAAUAAUCAUUGAAUGACUCUAAUGAAAGGAUCAUAGUGGUUUAUAUACGUUCAUAUGGAUUACUUAUCAGGUGAUGGUGAUAUUAUUGUUGACAUGAAUUACAAGGAACUAGUGAGUACAGAGCGAAGAGAUUCUAGUCCUCCAGAAGAUGUAUCACAAAACAAUUCAUCUGAUUGUAAUCAUGUACAGAACAAUCCUAAACAAGGAAAGCUAACUAGGAGUAAAGCAUUUGAAAUUACCUCGCCACCUUUAGAACAACAAAAUCUUUUAGAGAGUCCAUCAAAUGGCACACUUACAAAAUCUCUGUCGGCAAGCAAAUUGGAAAAGAAUGGUUCACAAAGUUCUGAGGCAGGCACCUCAUCGAGUUUAUCUAGAGAUUCAAGUUUUGAUAAAAGUCCUUACAAAGAUUCUACUGGUAUAGAUUUAGAGGAAUUUAUUCGUAAAACUCUGAACAAAACACAGAAAGACAGAAGUAUGCUACUGAAGCUGGAAACUGAUAUCAACAACUUUAUUAAUGAACCAAAGCACCAUUACCUCAAGUUCCCUCAGAUGUCGUCGUAUGAUCGAAUGUUGGUCCAUAGAAUCUCAGCUUUCUUUGGUUUAGACCAUAAUGUUGAUCAGACAGGCAAAUGUGUUAUAGUCAACAAAACAUCUAAUACAAGGGUACCUGACUUCAGCUUUAGGGAUCACAUAGAGUCUGGGGAACCAGGUCAUCUUUCUCUUAGGAAACCAAAGAUGAUAAUGAAGAGGAGUGUAAAUAGUUUAGAUGAUAGAGAGAGCCAUUACAAGCUAUCUGCUAGAAGUCUAGGGGAUACAAGAGGGAAAGCCAAGUCAUUUGAAGAGCGAAAAGAACAAUAUGAAAAAGUCAGAAGUAAAAUAUUCAAAAGUGUUGAUGAUUCUGGCCUACAGGUGGAAGCAUUUACAGAAGAAGAGAUGGCAAUCACACAAAUAUAUAAGGCAGACGGAGCACCUGUUCGACCUAGUAGCCUGAGUAGGAACUCCGAAGGUAAUCACCUUGGAAGUAGCACUGACUCUAGUGGAUAUGGGACCGAUGACCGGAGUUCAUCUAGAGUCAGAGGUUUGCCAAAAGCUAACAGUUUUGGUGGAAUCACACAUGUUAAUCAAAAACAGGGAGGGACACAUAAAAGUUACAGUAUGAACAAAGCAGACUCCUUUAACUGUGGAAUGUCCAUGUCCAUCGGAAGUCCAUUACAAAGAGGAAUUCCAACUCCACCUGGAAGUAGAACCGAUAGUUCACCAUUAUCUAGAUGUAGUUCAUCAGGGCCAGUACAAUCACCGAUACAAGGUAUAUUCCCGGGUCAAGGUGGACAACAAGUAUAUAUUGUAGCUACAGAUUUAAAUAAUAUCCCACCUGGCAGUGUUAUUUUAGAUCCAAGAACAGGUCAUCCAUUUUCUAAUUCUGACGGAAGUAUUUACCACCACACACCAGGCCAUCCUCCACCUCAUCAGAGUACUAUGGUACAACAACAACAACAGAUGCCUCCAGAAAUGUGGACCAAUGUACCACAACCUGAAUGUCAAGGAGUACCAGAGGUUUGUCAUCAUUUGUCAUCACUAAAUCUGAGUCAGCAGUCAUCUCUAAGUCACCAGAACUCUUUAGACAGUACAGGAGAACCACCUGGUUGUCAAACUUCUUUACAAGGUGGUCAACAGAUCGUCAUGGCAACACAGCCACAAAUGCAAACAGUAUUUUCUCAGCAAGGACCUGCUGCACAGGGGCAAUAUUAUCCUUGUCCACAGAACAUGCAGACCUCCAAUGUACGUUACAUGUACCCUGUUCAGACAUCUAUGGCACAAGGACAGCCAUCUGUAGCAGUAGACAACCAGACUAUCAUCCAGAGUUCACCAUUUCAAUCACAAAUGACAACGGGAUAUCCUAAUUAUCAAGGAAACACUGUUCAGAGUGUUGAGACAGUUAAUCAAAGUUCAUUUCCUAUUCACGGUGCAUCAGACAGUUUUCAAACAUAUCCUGUUCAAUAUCCUAGCCAAAGUACAUGUAAUUACGGUCAGAUGCAAUCAACUUUGUAUUAUAGUAAUGUGCCCACCUCAAGUCCACAAAUGGGACUAAUUUAUAAUGGAAAUCAGGGACAGUUUCAAAGUCAAAUUCAGCCUAGUCAAACAAACCCACCUUUAGCAAUGCAAGGCUCCACUCCUAUGUUAAACAUGGGUCAGCCUGUUGCAGUGGGAAAUGUACAAACACCUAACACGCAUAAUUACAUGUAUCAAACAAUGGCUCAGGUAGGCCAGCCUCAACAGCAGCAAAGGACUCCUAAUCCCCAGCUAGUUCAGAUACCAAAUGUUCAAGUGCAUAAUCCUACACAGACAGUUCCAAUCAUUAGAAAUAUGCAAAUGAAUAUGCAGAUUCCUACACAAGUUGGUGGUAUUCAACAACAGCAAGGAUUGGUUGCAGGUCAACCAUCACAAGUGACAGUUAGUGCAAAAAAUUUGACAGUUGAAGGAACAAUGCCAAAAUAUGAACUGGAAAAUAAAGAUUGUGCUAUGGGAAAUUUUGGAGCCCAAGUGGUGGCUGGUCCACCAGCUCGUCAGUUCGUACCAGGUUUCAGAACAGCUACACAAAUAACUGAUUGUCGAUUAUUAGGUCAGCAAACCUUUCGUCCACCAGUGCAGCAGGUUCAAAUUCACCAACAGUCAUAUGUACAGCCACAGAAACAAAAGUCAGUAAUUAGAAGUACUGGUACAACAUACUCUAAUAAGCAACAAAAGUUGAGGAAAUCUCGUAGUAGAGAAAAUGAUUCUUCACCCCAUCAGAGUAUUGAUAGUAACGAUAGUCAGACAGGUCAUAUUUUGGAAGUGUGUGACUUGCCUGAAACAAUGAUGCGUUCAGAAGCUGAUAAACUUUUGAAAGAUCUGGUUACAAGUGGGGCACAAAUACAGUUCAUUCAUCCUGAAAAUAUUCAGUAUCAAAAUGAUGCCGGAAGUUUGCCAGUGUCAGCAUUUCACAAAAUUCUUGCUAUUUACCCAAGUAGUUCUGGAGCCAAUCAAAUUUUGAAGACUCAUUCAAAUAGCAAAUAUAAAUUGAGACCAUCGACUUUAGAUAAUAUAGGAGUAUAGGACCUAAUAUUUAUUGAUAUUUUGUGAUCUGUUCUGUACUUUUUUAUUUGAAAAAAAUAGAUAAAAAUUUUAUGAUAUUUUAUAUACAUAAAAAGUAUAUUUCUCUGUUGAUCUGUUAAGAAGAAGAAAGGAAAAAAACAAAUCUAUGUUUCCCUGUUUUUGUUUUUGUGCCAUUUAUUAUGAAUGAGAAAAUCUGUUACUUUGAAAUUGUUAUAAUGAGAAAAUUUUGUAGGUUGUCCAGAUAUGAUCUCUGUUGGCUGUCUUGAAAUAGAUAUUGGAUCUUCUCAUCAAAAACUUCAAAAUGGAUAAAAGUGUUUUACUUGUGCCUUCAAUUUGAGAUAUUUUGGGACUUUUCUGGAUUACUGUUUUGUGAUCUUUAGAAAAAAAAAUCAGGAAAUUAUACAUUUUUUUAAAUUGUUAGACAUCUUAUAUCAUCAAUAGAUAUGGUUUUAAGUGAACAAAUUGGUUGGAUGAGAUAUUUAAUAUUUGUUUCAGUGGCCUCACACUGCAAACAUUUAGACCUUAAAUUCUUAUUUAUAUUAAGGAAAAUAUUGCCUUAAAUUAUGGAUAUAAAUGAAAUUUAAAAGAUAUUUUUAUAGAUUGGUUUUACAGAUGAACGUUAUUAGCAAGGGUAAGAUAUGGUACUCAAAUUUAAAACAACUAUAAUAAAACAUAUCAUUCAAGGAACAAAGAGGCCUUUAUAUUAUUUUUAAGAAAAGGAGAAUAGAAGGUUUCAUGUUUGCAGAUGCUGUACCAGUCAGAGCAAUACUUUCAUUUUACUUUGGCAUUACUUGACCUUUUUUUGAUUAGUAUCAUAAUGAAGGAAAAAUGUUUUUAAAGAUUCCUUAAUUUGAAGAUUAUUUUUUCAUGAAGCUUAAGAAAAAGGCAUGAUUAGAAAAAAUAUAUUGCUCUACUGGGCUCCCAUUGUUUUUGUGUAGUUAUUUAGGGGCAAGCUUGAUGCAACCAGUGUACACUACUCCAUGCAGGAUCAAUAUAUAUAAGCAAUUAACUUGCUUAAAGACGGAAAUGAAAUUGGAUCUUAUAUGAUAAAAGCAACUGAAAUGAGUCUUUGAUUUGUGUUGCCUAUAAACACAUUUUAAAACAAUCUAUUUUACAGAAUAGGUCUCUUUCUCUUUCAAAUUUUCAAAACAUGAUUUAAUAUUUGCUUCAUUAAAAAAAAGAAUACAAUUUUCUUUUCUCUUGUUUGUAAUAUGUGUACACUGGUUUUGUCCUAAGUGUUCAUUCCUUGAAGCUCAAAUGUGAAGCUAUCUCCCUUAUUCUUACCUUUGUUUACCCAUAAGACACUUCACUUUGUUAUCUGCACAUUGUAUGUGAUAAGAUUUUUAUAGAAUUAUUUAGAUUUUGAUAGCGUACUUUUCGUUUUAGUUUCUUCCUCCUGAAAUGUAUUAGAAGGAAAAACAUAUUAUUAUAAAAAGCAGUUUUAGAUGAAAAAUACAGAACGUGUUGCCGUGAUUUAACUCACACCCUAUAUUAUACACUUUAGCUAUAUCUAACAGUACCUGCCAGUUCUUCAUUCUUGCUUUGUGAAAAAUUACUCGGACAUAAAUUUUUGGGAUAUGUCAGGAAAAAAUUAUGGCCAGAGUCAGUUUUACAUACCAGUCACAAAACAAAUACGUUGUUGCCUUUAUUUCUUCGUCAAUGAGCUGUAAUUUUAGUCUGAAAUAAAUAUCUGAUGCUAUUUAAAGUGUAUCCUCAUAUUUUGUUGAUCAGAAUCCAAAAUGACUUCCAUACACAGUGAUGAGUUUGAUAAAAACAAAAUUUGACUUGAGAAUGAGGACCUUAAAACUGGAAUGAGUUACAAAAUUUGUUUUUACAUUUUGAGGUCUAUUUUGACUAGCUUUUCUGGUAAAUGUACUGCAAACAAAAAUCUCUUGAAAGAAAGACACCAUAUAUUAAAAAACUAUACCAGAUAAAUAUAUUUAAAGCGAUUUCCACAAAUAUGAAAAAUUUUCCCCUGCAUUUGUAAAUCUUAAGUUCAAGACAAAGUUUUGCUUUUAAAGGAUUAAGUAAUAAAAAAUAUGGCAUCAUGGAAGAGGAGUAUAAAAUGAUGCAUGCUGGUAAAGGUAAUGUGAAUAUUUUCUGACCAGAAUACUUGUACUUGUUCAAAUAAUUUUCUAUCUAUUUAAAUAUCGUGUAAAAGUUGAAUUCAUGCAGGGGAAACAUUUUAUAUUGUGUAGAAGUUAAUCAAUGCAGAGGGGAAUUCUUGCUAAACAUUAUGUUCUUAUAUUCAUUCAGGUUCUAAACAAAAUUUGGUACAGAAUGCAAAUGCAUGAAAUCUUUUAGUUUAAAUUUUUUUUGGUUAUAUAGAUUUUCUUGUAAGCAAAUUGCCAUUAUAUAGUAACUGCAUGAUUAUCCUGAAGUCCACAAUCAAAUUUAGGUUUUUUAUAUCCGGUGAAAUACUAUUUUUACCAAGAUGUGCCUUACAGAUUGUAUGUAACUUUUUAAUAUAAAUACUUUUGCUUUAUUUUCAAGAAAUGUCUGUGCUGAUAAAGGGUGGAUAAAGUCUGGCUAACUAUCUUCUUAUUUUUAUAACUAAAUUGUCUGUAUAUGGAUACUGAAAGAAAAAUUGAUGCACUAAGUUUGAUUAAAAAUAUAUUUUGAUCCUGGCGUCUUACAAAAUUUGUAAUUAGGUUUUAUAUGUUUUAUAGACAUCCCACUGAUUCCAUCAUAAAAAACUAAUAUACAAAUUUUGAUUAUCAAAUGCAAAAUUAUAAGUUUGCUUAAAUUACUUUUAAAUUGAAUUUGCUUGUCAUAUCCUGUUCAAAAGACUGAGGUCUGAUAGAGACUAAUAUUUCUGACUGUUGGUAACCAAUAAUUGUACUCAGGUAACCUUGAUUUGGAUCUAUGAUUUAUUAUGAUCAGUAAUAAGAAAGUCUGAAACUAAUAGCAAUUGAUGUUUCAAUUUUAUUUGAGAACCUUGUUCUCUGUCUACUGGCUCACUUAAUUUUCUGUGACAUUAUUAAUCUUACAAUAUCUUGUCAGAAACUACAGGGUCAAAUAGAACCAACCAUAAUUACACAUUGAUUUUAUCUAAUGGCAGACAAAUGCCUAAGGCGCAUCAAUAUAUACAUUGUAUAAGCAAGAUGACCUUACUCUCUUAAACUAGAUCUCACAGAUACCACACGCCCAGAAACAGAGAGAUCAUGAUUUCAUUAAAACAUUCCAUUAACAUUUCAAUUAAUUUCCAAAAGCUGUUCUCUGUCUAUCAUCAGAAAACAAAACAAUUUUGAAUUUUUCCAACAAUCAAGUAUCAUGACUCUGAAACAGUAAAAGUGAAAAUCAAAUAUAACCUGUCUUUAGUGGUUCAAAACAUUCCAUUAAAAUUUCAAUUAAUUUCAAAAUGUGGUUCUCUAAACCAAAACCAAAAGUGUGACGGACAGACAGACAUGAAUAUUCCUAUAUACCCCCGACUGUGGAGCGAGGGUAUAAAAAAGAGUAUAAUUUAUCACAAAUUAAAUCAAUGUUCUGCAAAGUUGGAGGUUGUAUUUCUUCUAACUCUCAAAUAUUGGUCACAGAAUCUUCUUUGAUUUAGAACUUUUGAGAUCUUUUUGUCCAUAGCUAACACAAAUACAUGAUCAUAUAAGUGGAUGAUUUGACAUUAAAAAUAUAGAUGCAGAUAUGAAGCAAAAUAUACUUCUACCAAAUAACUAGCUUUACUUUCUUUAUACACAAGAUGGGUGAUCAAAGACUGUUAGCAUUUAGUUUCCUUUAGUUAUGAUUUUGUUUGAAGGAAGGGUCCCAAUUAUGGAAUUUUUCCUGAAAGAAGUUUCGACCAUUUGAUUUUCUUUUAUUUUCGUUUUUUAUUGGAUUUUUUUCCUAUUUUGUUAAAAGGGAAACUACUGUGGUCAGAUUAAGUUUGAUGUUUAUUGAAACAAACCUUUCAUCUCUCUUUUUGAAGUUUUAAAUCUUUAUUAAGUAUGUUCAAGGUUGUAGACUGUAUAGUGUUAAUAUAGGGAGUAAAUAUUUAAGAAUAUUCUGUUUCUUUUUGUAAUUUUAUCAGAUUGUAAAAAUGUUGACGGAAGCAUAUUUUGUAUGAAGUGUGGAAGUACAUUCAAAUUUUUAUAACCCUUUAAAAUUACAAAAAAAAAAGAAACAUUUAUUUCUUACAACUAUAUUUUUAUGCUAUAACCAUGAAUUUUUAGUUAAUUCAAGCUUUUCCUUUGUUUUCCUAUGCAUAUUUGUGACGUUUUCAUGGAGAACACUAACAGUCUUAGAUGUUGCUUUUCAAUUGGAUAUAAAGCAUAAUUUUGAAUAAAAUUGAGAAUGGAAACGGGGAAUGCGUCAAAGAGACCAAAUGAACAGAAAACAGCCAAAGGCCACCAAUGGGAUUUCAACACAAAAAGAAAAUCCCGCACCUGGAGGCGGGCUUCAGCUGGCCCCUAAACCUGGCAGUCGUUAUCUAUCAAUAAAAAGUACAAAAUCUUAUAAAGCAUCUAUGUAAUAUAAUUAUGUUAAAAUAAUAAGAGAUACUUUUAACCAAACUGAGAUGAAGUAAGGGGUUUAAACAUGAUAAUUCCCUUUACUAGUUAUAGUAUUCUUUAACAGUAUAUGCCUGCCAUUAUUAAAAAAACAAAUACUGAAUUAAUUGAAGUUGUAGACUUUUCAAUGAAGUACAAUAAAGGAUGAAUACAUAACUUUUUGAUAUAAUUAAGUUUCAGUAGGCCCCAGUACAGACUAUCAUUCAUAUGAAGCUAAAUAUAUUGAUCUAAAUUUUAAAAUCGGUUGUACAGAUUUGCAUGUUUGACAAUUUUCACACUGGUAAAGUCUUCAGUUUGUCCAUUCACAUUUCUGUAGUAACAAGAUACCACUCUAUGCAUUAGUCUUUAAAUAUAUGUAAAUAAAAAUACUACAUCAAGUAUAUCUACUUCUGUAGAAACUCCCACUUAGAGACUUUUAAGGAACUGUAAUAUUGUAAGGAAUAGGUUUAUUACAUUUUAUACAAUAACCAAUUUGCCCUUUAAAAACUAUAGUAUUAUUUCAUUCAUAGAUUUUUACAACAAUGUCAGAAUAUAUAGUGCACUAAUUACUAAAUACUAUUAGUAUUGUAUAAAAAAAAUUAUUGUAGUCAAUUGCUGUAUACAAUUCCUUUGUAUUCAAUGUUACCUCUGUGAUACUAUUCAAGUUGUGUAAAACUUUUCUAUUAGUCUUUCUUAUAAUUACACAAAAAUCUGGUGUCCAUUAUCUGAAAAACAAGAAAUUUGUAUUCUUUACACCCAUUAGAUAAUUGGGGCUGAAAAGGUAUUGUCUUCAAAAAGAUAUUAUGGGACAGUGUUCAAACUGCUAGAUGCCAUGUAGAUACAUUUUAAGAUAUAUCAAUUUUCAACAUUUUUUUCAUAAAAUUGAAAUAAAUUAUACAGAAUAGAGCAAACAUUUAACAAACUUAAAUUAUUUUGACGGAAUGUAUUUUUGAUUAUUGAUUUAAGUAAAUAAACUGUUGAACUGGUCUUUAAAAAUAGUCGUGCAUUGUACACCUUCUAGAGUAAACUCUCCAGUGUUUCUGUACCCAAUUACCUAAUCAAUGGUGUUGUUUCCAUGACCUUCCAAAUCAGUGCUUCACAUGUUGUAGAUGUUCUGUAUAUUCUGUUAAAUUUUCUCAGUGUUUUAAUAAAAACAUAUCUAUAAAGUUA